AUGAAGAAGAGAGAUCUUCCACAGAUGGAGAAUGAGUUUGUGUUUGAAUCACUUGAUUUGGAAGAAGAAACCAGAGAAGAAAUUGAUGCUGUUGGUCUUGAAAUUGAGUUAGCUGUUGGUCUUGAAUUUGAAACAGGAGGAGUUGUUAGAGAUGCUGUUGAAGAAAUCGUUGUUCAGGUACUGAAUUUAGGUGAUUCUAUACUUGAAUCUUUUGGCGUUGAUGAGUCCCCAAAUGGAGCUGGAAGAGCAGUAAUUGAACUUGGAAGUGUGGUUGAUGGUCCAGUAGAAGGUGUAGGUGCUCCUGCCACAUGGGGAUGGUGGGUUGCAACUAGCAUUGGUGACAACUCCAUUUGGGAUCUGCUGUACAGUGAUGUUAGAUCUUCAGUCAUAUUUUCAAAAGAAGUUAUAUGUUAUUUCUUGGAUGAGUUCAGUGUAUUAGGAAAGUUACAGAUUUGGACUCAAUUCGUGCGAGGCUUGUGGAAGCUGUGUGAAGAAUACGAAUGUGAUGAAGGGUUUAAUAUUAAAGAAUGGAGGGAUCAUGAUCCUGCUGCAGCCCGUGCAAAGAGAUUAAAAGAGGCACGAGAGCAACUUGUAGAUCUGAGGGAUAAAUUGACAGAUCUUUUGAAGCAAGACUGGAAACAAUUUAGUAUUUCAGAUUAUGUGUCUCAUCUGAAUAGCUAUCCUUUCAAGCGUGAUGAAAUCUGGAGCGACGUAUCUGUCGAUUUGAACAUACUAAAGGAACUGCGAGAUAAAUUGGAAUACAAAUCUGCUGAGGCCGAAAAAAAUCACUACAAAGAGCAGUACACAUUUCUCCACGCUAUCCAAAAAAGAGCUAUGAUGCUUUGUAAGCUUGACCUUGCCUUACAGAAUCAUCACCGUACCAUCACUCCAGAUAUGAUUCGUUGUUUUCGGCAGAUACUGGAGGGUGUGUAUUUGAAAUAUAUGCUGGAGUUCGCCGACCGUAAGGAAGAAGUAUUGUCAAAGGGACGAGCUAAAAAAUAUGGCGAAGAGGUUCAGAUUCCGGAAUUUAAAGGCGACGAAAUAGAAUUUGACAACCCAAAGCUCGUUAUAGAUCAGUUCAAGGGUUAUGAGGAAAAAGUAAAUGAAGCCUCAAGUGAGAUAAAGAUUGGUGACAAUUUACAUAUUUACAUUGACUCCCUGCGAGUAUUGGAAUCUGUUAAGUGUGUAUUGUUACAACUGGAGCGUAUGUGUUUAUUGAAACCUGAUGAUGACAUCAAGGUAGUCGAGGAAUGCCAAGAAAUCCACCGCUCAAUUCAACCAGACAGAUAGUGCGAAGUUACUUCAAGAAAAGCCAAAAUGUUGCUCAGAAACCGAUCAAAGCAACACAAAGUGGCAAAACAUCUAACAGAUUUAAGGAGGUGAAGUGAACUCUGCUGUCUUGUUUAUUCUUUAACAGGCUUCGGCUAUUGUUUGAUAAUAGUCUGGAACCUAGGAUUGUUUCUGGAACCUUGGAUUUUUAGACUCUUCUUGCUGUUCUCAGCAUUGUUUAUAGCAUAUAUCAAGUUGGAACAAAAGGUAAAUAUAUGGCUGCAUCUGCAGCUACUUGUCAAGCAAUUUGGGUACGUCGUGUAAUGGCAGACUUGCACCAAACUCAAGUUGUAUGGUCAGAGAUUUAUUGUGGCAACAAAGCUACAAUUUUGAUGGCGAAGAAUCCAUCAUGUUUAUAUUGUAUAUCAAGUUCAGUGCUGCUAUAAUUUGCCAAUCUUUAGUUAUAGAUUUAGACAGACAGUAUCCAUCAGAUUAUCUCUCUCUUUUUGCUUUGGAGCUGAAUGCUUUUUAAAAAUGUAAUAGUUUGGCGGGUAGGCUUGCGAAGUUUAUGCUUAGAUGCAGCCAUACGUCUCUUUGUUCAA